AUAUAAACAAUCGUAGGCACGUGUGCAAUCUUUGUGAUAUUUAAUUAAAUAUUAAUAAACUAAUUAACGAUGUCGAAUAAAAAACCAGCGCUAAUGAAUGAUCCUAAUAAUAUGAGUGAUGAAUCCGAUAGCUCAGAUGAAGGUUCUGAUCAAGAGGUUUAUUCUGGGCAUGAGGAAAUUCAAGUAGACUUUGAGGGUCGAAAUCCUACCGAUAGUGACUUUCAUGGAAUAAAGCAGCUUCUGAAUCAAUUAUUUUUGAAAGCUCAUAUUAAUUUAUCAGAAUUAUCGGAUCUGUUAAUUGGUCAAAAUUACAUUGGUAGUGUUGUUAAACAAAGUGACGCAGACCCUGAUGAAGAUGAAGAUGAUGAAAUGACUGAUAUAAAUGAUGUUUUUGGUAUAACAAGUGUAAUUAAUAUUACCCAGAAAAAGAAUUUAGAAUGUGUUCAACAAUUACGCAAACUUCUUGUUGAGCUUGCAGAACAAAAUGCAACGGAUACUACUAACAAACUAAUUCAAGACAUCCUUAACGAUGAAGAAAAUUGCACCGGACUUCUGAUAAACGAACGUUUCAUAAACAUUCCUGCACAGAUUUCAGUGCCGCUCUUAGAGAAUCUGCAAAGCGAAAUCAACAGGGCAGUGUCAAAGAAAAUGCCAUAUAAAUUUGUAUAUUACAUUUUGAUAUGUAAAUUAUACAAAAAUGAGCAAACUAAAAAGAAAAAGUCAAAGAAAUCUGAACCUGAUGUAAUUUGGUCAAAUCCUGAGGAGGAAUACAUUCUUCCUGAAGCCUUAGCUAGUUUUGAGUUCUCAGUAAAAUCAGAAGCCGAUUCUGGUUUAGGAGGUGAUUGGAAAGAAGGAGACAGUGAAAUGACACCAUACAGAAAAAUUAUGAUUUUGCGAGCUGAUAGCUUACCGAGGAUAAUUGAAACUAUUAAAACACAAAUGAGUGGCACAGCCUAAGCAUUUCCAAACAUAUAAUAGAUUACAUUUAUAUAAUAUGUAAUCCUUUUGAGAUACAUAUUUUACUCAUAGGCGAUUGUUAUUUAUCUUUACAAGUUUGGCAAAGAGGGUAAAGAAGCAGGUGACAUGUUUUGUACACAUUUCUGCAUAUAUUCAUUUGCAACUAUCAAACUCUUUGUUGAUCACAUUUUCAAUUUUUAGGGAAGUUCACUUUCCUAAUUUAUAAUGAAAAUAUUGAUGAUAGAAAUGGGGAUAUGAAAAAAACAAUCUCAAAAGGAUUAAACAUAAAUCAGAUAAUUUGAUGGAAGUAGCAUUCAUAUUCAGAACUUUUAUUGAAAUCACAUCCCUAAAAUAACAUACUGUAAUCUAAUAGGAUGAUAGAUAACAUACU